AUCGCGAGAUCCCACUGCAAAGUUCACACAACUGCUUCCGUGUUAGCUUCUUGUAGCUAGCGCGUUAACUCGUUCGUGGCUAGUUGCUAAUGGUUACGCCACAGAUCUGAAGCAGGUUUGAGCGGCUCAGUGGCAGCAGAGCCUCAGAAUCAUGAGGAAGAGGAGGAGGAGGAGGAGGAGGAUCCAACUGGCAGACAUCUGAACCUCGUCUGAGUGUGUGUGUGUGUGUGUGUGUGUGUGUGUGUGUGUGUGUGUGUGUGUGCAUGGAGGAUGUGGUGCUACAUCACCGUCCGGACUCUGCCUCUGGGCUGCGCUGUCUGCUCGACACCACACAGAAGCUUCUGGAGCCUUUCCCCCGGCGGACUCCGCCCACCUUCACGCCCUGGUUCCCGCCCUCCGCCGACCGCCGGCUGCCGAUCAGACCGGGCCGAGCGGCGCCCGUCAUCACGGCAGCCAUCAUCCAGGAAACAGCAGCAGAGGCCCAAACGCCUCGGGGCUCCUCGGUGUGUGAAAGAGCCGCAGCGCCCGUAGGAUGGACGCCACAGACCGCGGGAAGAGACGACCGGCUCGCCUGUGAGCGCAGGCCGGAGCCGGCGGCGACUAAACCCCCUGAAGAAGACGAAGAGCCGGAGCUCAGAGACGUCCACCUCGUCACCGACAGACCAGCGCGGCCUGACCCACAAGCGGAAACACUAAAAAAACCGAACCGCCCCGCACCGGCGGCGGCGCUCUCUGGCCGAGCAGCGAGCGCCAAGUCUUCGCCUGAGAAACAGCCUCAGAAGGACGGCGGUGACGCGGGAGGCAGGAGGUCGUGGAGCGUCUUGGCGCAGAAAGGCACGGCGGCGUGGAGCUCGGUGUCUCUGUCCAGCCACUUCCUCGGGACGGUGUGCAAACACCGGCUGCACCUCCACCAGAGAGCCAAGUGGGUGAUCAGCCAGCACAACUGCGGGGCGUCCCGGGACAUCGAGCAGGUUUGGCGGGCGGUGAGCCGGGCGAUCCGGAGCUGCAGGCUGCCCACCUGUAACGGGAACAUCCAGCGCUCCCAGGCGGAGAUCUGGCUGUUCUGCGACCUGCUGUACUCGGAGCUGGUGGGAACGUUCCUGAAGGACGAGCUGCGGCUGGCGGGCAGCAUCAGCCUGUCCGUCCACAAGCUGGGGAACAUCUUCAGCCUGUAGACGCCGCCGCCGGCACGGGCGCUGAGACUGAGGCGGCUGUCAUGAUGAUAAGACUCACAAUAAAGUAAAACCAGUUUACAAAAUGCUGUGACAGACACAGCAAAAACAGCCUAACAACUUGAAGACAUAAUCACCAUGUGAGGUUUCAACAGGCAAACCAAAGAUGCAAAAACACAGAAAAGAGAAAACAGAAGGAUGUUGAAAGAUAAAGACAGUAAAAGAUAAAAAGGCAAUAGAAGCAAAAAAGCAAAUAUAGAUUAAUAACUAAAGCUACAAGAAUAAAAGCAAUAAUAAAUAAAUAAAAUAAAGGCAGGUCUGAAAAAGUGGGUUUUAAAAGAAGUCACUGACUGUGCGUGUCUUACCUCCUGAGGCAGGACGUCCCAAUGCUGAGGGGUCCUGAUGGCAAAAAGCUCAGUCGCCUCCCAUGGGGCGGUGAUAUUUUAUGAUAUUUUUCCUUUGUAAUUUUUUUUUUCUCCCUACAGUGGCUCUAAUACACGGAUGUAUUGAAGUGUUUUUUAUCGGCGUCACUCUGGAAGCUGCAGUGAUGAACUGAGCAGCAGGACGCAAACAUCAUUUCAUCUGAUGAUGAACAUAUGAAGGUGUUUUUUUUUAUGAUCCACCUCCUGAAUGAAAUGAACUGAGAAGUGAGUGGAAACUACUGACGACAGAAGAUUUUGAUCUCUGUGCCUGUUUCUCCUCUGUGUUGUAUAAUUUAUGGAUUUGAGAAUGUGUUUCUGUGUUAAAGACGUGUAUCUUUCAUAUUGAUCCAUUCGUCACUUUUAUGUUUAAAUAAAGAAAUAUUUUUUUAAUGGA